GGAAGCGCUGGCGUCUAUGGAGGGUCACGUGGCUGUCAGUGGCUCCUGUGAUGCCGGCAGGAUGGAGAGUAAAACCUCUGUUACCCCUAAAAAGUCGGCACUGACUGGCAGCGCAAGGAAGAUAAAGGACAAUGCAGCGGAUUGGCACAACCUGAUGCUGAGAUGGGAGAGCUGCAAUGACACUGCAUUCAGUGCGGCCAGCAAGAUCGUCAAUCUUAAAAUAAGCUCCUUAUCAUAUGAGAAGAUGUUAUCAGAUGGCGCAGAGCCUGCUCAUGAGAAUCCAGGCAAGGACAAAGAAGAACUGGAAAGACUAUGCUCGGAGUUACUUGAAGUGCUGGAGAAAAUGAAACAAAUGCAGCAGAAAAUGGAGAAGCUAACGUCUACAUUUAAAGGGGUGUGCGAUCUGGAAGCUUAUCAGUGCAGUGGCGGGACGCCAAGGCCGAUACUUUUCCAUACGUGGCCUACGACUCUAUUUUACGAGACCUCCUUAAAGAUGUCAGAAAUGUACAAAAAAGAAAUUUGCCUGAAGAAGACUAUUGUCGGAGAAAUAGCGCACACCGCAGAGCAGGACCUGUUAAUGGUCUACCUCUCCUGCUGGUUGUAUCAGCCCUACGUUGAGAGCAGCAUAAAGGUCUUAUUAGAGAGCAUGCUGCUGGAGAGCGGGCACCGGCCCCUGUAAGGGCAUGGUCACACCUGGUUCUGCAUCACAAGACGUAUGUAUACUUCUGGUUAUAAUGCAAGUUUGGAAAUAGUCCUUUUAUAUAUAUUAUAGUUAUACCAUUUUCCGUAAACAGCUCCUGUGCAAACCUAUGUGCCUCCAUGGUUCCUGGUAUCAAUGAAUUUAUAAAGAGUGGGCACAGGGAAGGGAUCAGCAACCUCCAGCUGGUUUUGAAACUCCAACUCCCAGCAUUUGCCAUUCAGUUCUACUUGGUGUGCAUGCUGGGAGUUGUGAUUUCACAAGAGUGGCCUGAGCUUGCAGAUCCCUGGUGCAGGAUCAGACUACAGGGUUGUAGUCUGUAACCAUGGAGACACACAUCCCUCCACAGGAGCCGAGUACACAACACAGUAGGAGAUUUAACAGAGACAAUUUUCUUAUUUAUUGUAAAUGCUCUUAAGCAAAAAAAAUAAAAGUUGUGAAAGUCUACACACCCUUCUGAUUCACUUCUGGCAAAAAAAUCACCUAACAAAUCCAUUAGAAAAGCCGCCAUCUUGCGAGAAAGAAGUUCUUACCUCAUUGAGUAAAUGUAAAAUGCUGAUUAACUCUG